AUGCCCAAGAGAAAGGCUGAAGGGGAUGCUAAAGGAGAUAAAGCCAAGGUAAAAGAUGAACCACAGAGAAGAUCUGCAAGCUUAUCUGCUAAACCUGCUCCUCCAAAGCCAGAGCCCAAGCCUAAAAAGGCCCCUGCAAAGAAGGGAGAGAAGGUACCCAAAGGGAAAAAAAGGAAAGCUGAUACUGGCAAGGAUGGGAGUAACCCUGAAGAAAAUGAAGAUGCCAAAAUAGACCAGGCACAGAAAGCUGAAGGUGCUGGAGAUGCCAAGUGAAGUGUGUGCAUUUUUGAUAACUGUGUACUUCUGGUGACUGUACAGUUUGAAAUACUAUUUUUUAUCAAGUUUUAUAAAAAUGCAGAAUUUUGUUUUACUUUUUUUUUUUAAAGCUAUGUUGUUAGCACACAGAACACUUCAUUGUUGUUUUUUGGGGAAGGGGCAAAUGUCGCUAAUAGAAUGUCUCUGAAGCUGGGUUAAUAUGGAGGAAAACAUCUUUCCCCUCUGAU